CGCGCGCGUACAACGUACAACGUACAGCUCAACAGUAGUCCCGAGCGGAGCGCAGCGCACGUGCACAGCUCGGCCGAGCCAUGGGAAAGUCCUCGAGCAAGCUCAAGUCCAGGCGCAGCCAGAGUAUAGCGUGGAGCUUCAGGUUCCCCUCGGCGGGCAGUCUGCAUCAGGCGCUGGGCGGCUCGAGCCGCAGACGACAAAGGAAGGCCAACCGCGACAGCAGUCGCAACGUCGACGGAGCCAUCGCGAUCUCGGCCUCGUGCCGCGAGCUCGGCAAGCGCAACACCCUCAGCUCCGAGGCGAGCACCGACGAGUGCGAGACCUGCGCCCCGUCCCGCAGCGACUCCACCGACACCCUCAGAGCCCCGCAGGGCAGCGCCGCCGAGGAGGUCGCGGCCGCCAGCAACAGCGGCGCCGCGGCCGCGGCGGGCGCUCGCAGGAUUAGCCUCGGCGAGCCGCCGCCUCGCGAGGGCUCGCAUGAUGCAGCCGCGGACGCGAUGCAGCCGCCAGACACCGGCUCGCUCGCCAGCACACCCACACCCAGCUCUGGAUGCUGCAGUCCUCGAGGCGCCGCCGAGCCGUCGGAAGAGUCGGUCCGCAAGCUGCUGGAACGCGAGCUGCGCCUGUUCGACCUGAUCGACCCGCGGGACAUUCGGUCGUACGCGUGGUACCACGGCGGCUCGUUGCCCGGAGGCAGAAAAGGCGCCGAGGCGGAGAUCCCGAACGACGGCGACUUCCUGGUGCGCGACUGCGCCAGCCAGCCCGGCAACUACGUGCUCAGUGUGCGGCACAGGGGACAGCCUCUGCACUUCGUCAUCAACAAGGUGGUGCUCCAAGCAGGUACGAUGUACGAGCGAGUGCAGUACCAGUUCGAGGACGAAGCCUUCGACACGGUAACUGAUCUGAUAACCUUCUACGUUGGCAGCAAGCGUCCGAUAAGUCAGGCGAGCGGCGCUCGCGUCGUCACGCCCCGCCACCGCAAAUUCCCCUUGUCGACGACGGCCAACUCGCUCGCUCGCUCGCCACCGCGCAUCCCCCGCAAAAAGGAGCGUAGCCACUCGCUCAGUGCUUACCAGCACUACCAGAGCCCGCCGCCGCCGCAGCUCGUGCCCUUCCACCAGCAGCAGCAGCAGCAAGCGAGCACUCUGCCGCGAGUGCCCCAGGCGGCCGGCAGCCCGCCCAGCUCGCUGUCGUGCUCCAUGUCGCUCGGCAGGCAGAAGAUCGGCAGGGUCGUCUCCGACCCGGCGCUCGAGCCGCAGCAGCUCCGCCGGCAGCCCUCGCGGCCGGCCGACGAGGGAGACGAGCCGCACUACCAGAGCCCGAAGAACAACUCGGCCGUGCUGCCGCCGCUGGAGACCAACAACGGCGCCUACGAUACGCCGCCGCCGAAGCCGCCGCGCGUGCCCCGGCACCUGAAGCCGCCGCCGCCGCCGCCGCCGCCGCCGCCGCCGCCGUCGUACUCGCAGCCGCACGCGCUGCACCAGACGAGGCCGCACCAGGCCUCGGGCAGCGACAGCGGCAACGGCUCCGGCGACAGCGAGUUCGAGACCGGCGCCGCCUGCGGCCUGCCGAUGCAGCCCGCGGUCAAGAGCCUCAUCCUGCGCAGCUACUACCAGGCCAAGGCCCUGGGCCUUAGCGAGCUGGACAUCCGGCAGUGGCGCGAGCUCGAGCGGCGCAUCGCCGAGAGCGCGCCCAGCUUCGAGAUCCCGUCGUGCUUCGACCUCGACAACUUCAACACCAUCCUGCUGCCGACGGUGGAGCACAAGCCGCUCGACGCCACCGCGCUCCGGGGCGUCAUGGGAAUGCUGCACGAGACCGCCUCGCGGAUCCUCGCCUCGCACCUCACCCGCACCGACGUGGACAUGCUGCUCAAGGUGCACGCGGACGACCCGCCGAGCGUGCGCGACGGCCAGUGCGGCCUGGAGCUCCUCGUGCUCCCGUACGCCAAGCAGACGCGGCUCGACGUCAUCGAGCGCACCGAGUGCCUCAAGCUGCUGGUGGCCGUGACGAUCCUCACCUGUCCGAGCGCGCCCGAGCGAGCGGCCACCAUCAGCCGCUGGGUGCAGGUGGCCAUCGACACCAAGACGGCCCUCGGCAACCUCUACGGCUUCUGCUCCAUCAUGCUCGGGCUCUGCCUGCCCCAGAUACAGCGGCUCACGGCCACUUGGCACCUGCUCAGGCAGAGGCACACCGACGAGGCCUUCGCGUUCGAGGCCAAGCUCAGGCCCACCCUGCGGGCGAUGAACGAGUGCACCGACCCGCAGGCACCCAACACCACCAUCCCGCACGUGCUGCCCAUCGCUCUGCUCAACGAGCGCACGCACGACGACGUCCUGGGCAACGCGCCGCCGUCCGCGCUGGCCUCGGCGGUGCUCUGUCCCUGGGAGAACUCGGCAGCGGACUGCGGCUUGUCGAUAAUGUGGGCGCACCUGGAGGCUUCGCGGAAGAUGCACGAGAACCUGACGCUGUUCAGGCGCAACGCCGAGAUCGCGCUGGAGGGCUGCCGCAGCGACGAGCUGCUCCUCGACGCAUUCCGCGCCGAGUUCCACAUCAAGUUUCUGUGGGGCAGCCGCGGCGCCUUCGUCGCGGCCGGCGAGCGACACGCCAAGUUCGUGCAGGUGCUCGACGCCAUGUACGACAAGUGCGCGGCGGGCGAGCAGGGCUCCGCCAACGCGUGAACGAUCCGCCUCCUCGGCCUCACCCCCCUCGCGAGCUUUCGUCGCUGGGUCAGCGGCCGCCUCUCUCCUCGUAACGGCAGCCACGCCAAGUCGAGACGGCAGAUGGGUGCGAUCGGUGUCGCUGGUCCACUUGGCAGACUACGCUGCCGCCGCGUAUUUGAAACGGCUCCAAAAAAUCAAACUAGACGUACUGGGGGACGAGAGGCCGAACGCGCGGUUCGACUGUUACACUCGCUCUUUGACAUACGCACGCCGAUGUUAGGUAAGGGAUCAUUCUAUUAGCUGUAUCGUGUACUUUGAGCAAUGGCGUUUACGAUAAACAGAGGUGCGUAUGGCGUAUACGCGAGCAACCAGAACGAUCUGUCAAUCGAAAUGAGGAAAGUUUACCGGCCUAUUGUUUUCGACCGCGUACAACCGAGGUGCUUCUUCCUUUUUUUCAUUUUAACCGACAGACUCUACUCAUCGGUCGAUAUAGCACGUUCAUUUUUUUCUUUCAAUUGCUUUGCGCUGAUGGAGUUCACGUUAUAUCGUAGUAUAUAUAGAGAGAUUUAUUUUAUUUUUUUAAUUUCGUCAAAGCCGAGCGAGUCUGACACGUAAACUUUCUAUUUCGAUCCGGUGCGACUUUUAUAUAUUUGUACAUAUUUGCACGUGACUUUUUCAUGAAAAACGCAAUUUGAUAAAGAAAAAAUUAAAAAAAGUAAGCGAGCAAAGCGGGACUGAGAUCGUUGCUUCCCGGUUACGGGACGAGUGGUCUUUUAUCAUGCAUUAUAAGUCGCCACCAAAACUCAGAUGCGAAAGAGAAAGGCAAGAGGAAACUGCUUUAGCAUUAAUUAAGGCCCCAAUCGAUAGACUUAGAUAUACAGUCAGUAGGAGCAUUUCGCCGUAACUUUCCUUCGGGCGUUCAUCUAAAAUAUAAAUGUGCUCGAAAAAAAAUUAUCUUCGAUAAAUGACUGUGACUAAUCAAUUUUUUAAUGUUUCGAGCAAUGGUUCCUUCAUAAAAAAAAUGAAAAAGCCAAUUGUCAUUUCCAGCUGUCAUUAUUUCUGUUUACAUUCACGAUGGAAAAAAAAUGUUGACACUCCUCCUCAUAAACAAGCUGACUUGAGAAACACCAUUGAUUUUUUAUUUUUUCACGAAAAACCUUCUCAAAACAUUUCAAGAUUCAUUAGUUGCAAUCUGAGUAUAAACAAUAGUCGGUGAUAAUUAUCUUCAAGCAACUUUGAUUAAUAUGUUAGGCAAACGAUUGGAGGGAAGUCGCAACAAAAUUUCUCAAUUGACUGUAUACCUAUGGAUAUCGAUUGACGGGCCUUAAUCGAGGUUUUAUUUGUGCAAAAAUGAUUUUUCCUAAUAAUGCAUUUCGUCCUAAGUGCAGUUACAAUGCGAGUGAUUGGAUAUUUUUCACGUUUUUUCGAAUAACUUUACAUUAAAAUGCACAUAUUUAUAUUUAAUAUUUAUAUUUAUACGUUUGUAAUACGAGUCAGGACAAUAUUUGAGAGAGAGAGAGAGAGAGAGAGAGAGAGAGAGAGAGAGAGAGAGAGAAGAAUAGCAAGAGAUAUGUUUAUUGUACGACAAGCAACGCAAUUCAAAUGAAAAAUGUUAUUAAAGUAAUAUGUAAACGAAACGACGUAAAUGAUGGCAAUCCACGAAAAAGAAAAGCAUGUGAAGUUACCCUAUCUCUGUAUACCAGCUGUACUUAAUGAUAUUUGAUUGGAAAAUUAACGAUUAAUUAGAAUAUAUUAUGUACAUUAUUAUGCGACCAAAAUUGGAUGCUGUACCUGUUGUUCGCGUUUUUUCACAACAUAUAAAUCGAUAUACAUUAUUCCCAUUUGUCGUUUUUUUAUUUCGCUUAUUUUCAUCGGCUUUUAUUUCUUUUCUUUGUUUCAGCGAUUGGUAUUUCAGUUUAUUUAUAAUUAUGAUGCAUGAAAAAAGCAAGCAUUCAAUGUGUAUGUACAUGUGUGUAGCAAUGGGCGAUUCUUAGUUAUUUCAAUGGGCUUGGAGAUACUGGGUUACGGAAUUUUUCAAGCUUUGAAGAAUUGUUGCACAUAUAGAGGUCAUAAUUUUUCAAAAUUUUCAUACCAAAAGAUUGAUUAUAUCAAAAGUUAUUAACCUUGAAAAGUAAUGAUAACAUUUUUCAGAAGGCUAUAUUUCAAAUACUAAUAAUGUGAUAGGGAUCAACAUUUUUUAAAUGUGCAUAAAACUUUCAACUGUGAAAAUAUUUGCCACAAUAAACGAUAAUGUUUAUCUUCAAAAAUUAUUAACUUUUUCUUAAACUGUUAUGAAUAACUCAAAAAGUAGUUUGUUUUGAAGUCUUGCUUUUACGUAUUGGUCAGGGCUUUUUAUACAAAAAAAUAGAUAUAUCUACCAUGCAUUUCUACAGCCAACACGCAUAUCACGAGUCGCUAUCGUGAAUCGCAUGCGAGUAGGUACAAUGUAACAACGAAGCAGUGGUAGGGGCGACUAUCUAUACAGUAAGAUGACGAUACUGGGCUCCGCCGUAACUAUAAUAUACGCUGAAUUGAGUAUAAUAUACGCUGAAUAAGAGUACACAGAUAUGAACAUCACAAGAUAACAGUACGUCCUUCCGUUGCCUUUUCUUUUAAUUCUAGACAGUAAGUCAUAAUUAUACACACAUGCAAUUUUGCGUUGUUGAGAUUGAUGCGUGUACAGAUAAUCUAAUAUUAAUUAUUCAAUUUAUUAUUUUGUUAAUAAACUCACUAUAUUUUUUUAUAUUCGUCCAUCAAAAGACUUGAUGCACCUAAGGCUAUAUUUAGUUGUCAUCAUCACAAUUUCAACUGUGCAGCUUACAUACAAUAGUUUGCAAUCAUUAUAUUUAUAAUGAUGCUUUUGACAGCUUACAUUCACUGACGCUUAUAUAAGCU